AUGAUGAAAUACGCAGUAGUGGCAUUUGCGGUACUUGCUGCAUGUGAAGCAUGUAUAAUGCUACCAAUGAUGGGUGGAGGAAGCAGUUGUUGCCCUCCCCCGGCACCAGCACCGGCGGCUUCUUCAUGCUGCCCACCUCCAGCUCCACCACCAGCUCCAUGUUGUCCACCUCCAGCACCUCCUCCAGCACCUUGCGGAGGCGGUGGUGGAUGCGGAGGAGGAGGUGGAGGAGGCGGAUACGCGCUUCCUCCACCUGCUUAUCCUCCUCCAUCUGGCGGAGGUUAUGCUGCUCCUCCAGCAGGAGGUGGCUACGCUACUGCUGGCAAGAAGAUGAUCAAGUACGCAGUCGUCGGAUUUGCGGUAUUCGCUGCAUGUGAAGCAAUCUUCUUCGGUGGUGGCGGCGGUGGAGGAGGAGGCUGCUGCCCUCCCCCGGCACCAGCUCCAUGCUGCCCACCUCCAGCUCCAGCACCAGCACCAUGCUGCCCACCUCCUCCAUCACCU